AUGGCUGCCACAACGGACACGCACUCCGGCAUAGAGCUGCAGGAUCAGAACCGACCGGAUGAGUCGGAAAAAGGUAAAGGAACCGAGCCCAUAGGGGGGGCGUUUUAUGAUAGUAAUCUUACAUUGGUGGGCAGAACGAAAGAGAGACAAACUUCCCUGACGGCCAAGAAGGAGUCCGAUACCAAAUGGAACCUCGAUCCGAUCCAGCGCGCGAUGGGCCAGCUCGGCUGGUGGCACAUCGUGGUCUGUGUGGUGGUCUUUCCGCUCAAGUUCCCCGUCGCCUGGCAUCAGAUGAGCAUCAUCUUCCUGGGGCCCUCGAUCAACUACACGUGCGCGUCCAAUGCGUCCCUCGAGCGGUGCGAUGCGGCGUGCACGAGCUGGAGCUACGACAACAGCACGUUCGCCUCGACCAUCACCAGCGAGUGGGAUCUGGUCUGUCUCGAUGCGAACCUCGUCAAGCUCUCGCAGACCAUCUUCAUGUUCGGUAUCCUGGUCGGUGGUGUACUGUUCGGAUCGUUGGCCGAUAAAUAUGGACGUAGACCUCCGCUGGUCGUAGCGGUAAUCAUUCAACUAGUUUCCGGAGUUGCAACUGCCCUCAUUGGUUCGUUCUGGUUGUUCGUAGUACUCCGUUUCCUAACAGCCGUAGCAACCGGCGGAACCAUGGUUACCAGUUUCGUGCUGAUUAUGGAAAUCAUUGGCCCCAAGUGGCGCGAGCUGUUCUCCGUACUCUACCAGAUCCCGUUCAACCUUGGCCACCUGACGCUGGCCGGGUUCGCCUACUUCCUGCGCGACUGGCGUGAGCUGCAGUUCGCGCUCUCGAUCUUCUCCGUGCUGAUGCUGUCGUACUAUUGGCUGGUUCCGGAGUCCCCGCGCUAUCUCUUCACCUCGGGCAACGUGGACGGUGCCGUGACGGUGCUGGAGACCGCCGCCAAGCGCAACAACAUCGAGUCCGCCACGAUCCGCAACGACAUCGAGCUGUACGCGAAGGAGAAGUCGCGCACAGCGUCCGCCUCCGACUCGAAGGGCAACGUGCUGGAUCUGUUCCGCACGCCCAACAUGCGCGCCAAGACGCUGUUCAUGUGCUUCAACUGGUUCGUGUGCGGGCUGGCGUUCUUCGGCGUGGCACAGUACAUUGGGCACGCCGGUGGCGAUAUCUACACGAACGUCGCGAUCAGUGCGGCCCUCGAGCUGCCCGGUACGCUCCUCUGCAUCUACAUGAUGAAGGCGUACGGCCGCAAGAAGACGCUCAUCUUCUCCAACACGCUGACCGGAAUCUCCAUGUUGGUCAUUGCGUUCGUGCCGCAGUCCGCCAGCGCGCUCAACGUGGGACUCGCGUCCGUCGGCCUGGUCGGCAUGAGCAUCAGCUUCCCGACGGUGUACCUGUACGCCGGCGAGCUGUUCCCGACCGUGGUGCGGAACGUCGGUAUCGGUACGGCUUCGAUGAUUGCCCGGUUCGGUUCCAUGAUUGCGCCCUUCGUGGCCGGCUUCGGCUCGAUCGCGUACUGGCUGCCGCCGUGCAUCUUCGGUCUCGUGCCGCUCAUCGGUGCUUUCUGCGUGUUUUUCCUCCCGGAAACCCAGGGCCAUCCGCUGCCGGAGACGCUCGAGGAUGGCGAAAACUUUGGCAAACGGCGCGCACCCACCAACGGGGUCGCCGAUGCGGCGGCAAGUGUAGAAAACGGCAAGCACUAGACACCAGGCGGCCACUGGGAGCCCGGACCCGGUUAGCAUUUAGUGUUCAUACUGUUCCUUGCGCAGCGUCGUCGUCGCGUCGGUGUUCGUCGAAACUAGUUUAUCUAACUAACCAAAAGCGGCACUAUGUGUUCGUUACCGUGAACAGGGAUGUAGAUGCAGAUGUGUCAAAUGCGAUAGUUCUCUCUUUCACAUUUUUAUUUUACUUUACUACCAAAACGUCACGCAAAAAGCACUUCUCAGUGUGUUCGAUUGUGUGUAGGAAAGCCUGUAGGACGUGUAUUUGUUUUUUUAUUUUACUAGCAACCAGAUUUAAAGUGCAGAAAUAAGCAAGAAUCCCAACCGCGUAGGCAGUAGUGCCAGCAGUUAUGGUAGCAUUUAGGUUGCCGCUACCUUGGCCAACGCGGAGGAUGCGAUAUUAUUGUAAAGAAGAGUAGCGAAGAACCAGAGCAGCGUGUAUGCAGAGAAAAAAGAAAAAAAAAUAAAAAUCAAUACAAAAUGUUUUAAA